AUGGCUUCUAUUCCUCUAUACUUUACUUGGCAAGACUCUUUAAGCUGUGUCUUAGAAACUACUCUUCUCUACACUCAUUCUACCUUGACACUUGCAGCAAAGGAAGCUGCUUGCCUGAAUUCGGCUUCCGCAGCCAACAGCUUCGUAAACCUCACCCUGAAUCCUGAACUAGGAAAUUCAAGCUCACGUACAACUCUGCCAAUAAAUAAAGUUGGCCGAGUUCUAUACCCUCAUCCUGUGAUUGCUUGGCACACGCUUAUCUUGACUACCUUUACUGUCAGGAUUUCUGUCCUUCCAAAUUCUAGCACUCUUGGAGAUGGAACAACAUUUAUAAUCAGCCCAGAUAAUAGUCCUUCGCCUUCAGAAAGAUAUGGCUCUUCACUAGGAAUUUUAGAUCAGUCAGCGCCAGGUGGCCACCAAGUAGUGGUAGAGCUGGACACUUUCAAGAACGAGUUUGAUCCAGACGUAAACCAUAUCGAAUCAACAUAA